GCUCUGCGUCUUCUGGAGACGCGCCUCCCGCGCCCAGGGUGGUGCCAUGUGGGGCGGACGCCGCCGGUCCGCCGCCUCCCCCCGGACCGCCGCUUCACUCCUGCGGCUGCUGCUGGCCGCGCUGCUGGCGGCGGGGGCGCGGGCCAGCGGCGAGUACUGCCACGGCUGGCUGGAUGCGCAGGGCGUCUGGCGCAUCGGCUUCCAGUGCCCCGAGCGCUUCGACGGCGGCGACGCCACCAUCUGCUGCGGCAGCUGCGCGUUGCGCUACUGCUGCUCCAGCGCCGAGGCGCGCCUGGACCAGGGCGGCUGCGACAACGACCGCCAGCAGGGCGCCGGUGAGCCUGGCCGGGCGGACAAAGACGGCCCAGACGGCUCGGCAGUCCCCAUCUACGUGCCAUUCCUCAUCGUUGGGUCCGUGUUUGUCGCCUUCAUCAUCUUGGGCUCACUCGUGGCGGCCUGUUGCUGCAGGUGUCUCCGGCCUAAGCAGGAGCCCCAGCAGAGCCGGGCACCGGGAGGGAACCGCUUGAUGGAGACCAUCCCCAUGAUCCCCAGCGCCAGCACUUCCCGAGGGUCGUCCUCCCGCCAGUCCAGCACAGCUGCCAGCUCCAGCUCCAGCGCCAACUCAGGGGCCCGGGCACCCCCAACAAGGUCACAGACCAACUGUUGCUUGCCCGAGGGGACCAUGAACAACGUGUAUGUCAACAUGCCCACCAAUUUCUCCGUGCUGAACUGUCAGCAGGCCACCCAAAUUGUGCCCCAUCAAGGGCAGUACUUGCAUCCCCCAUAUGUGGGGUACACGGUGCAGCACGACUCGGUGCCCAUGACUCCUGUACCCCCUUUCAUGGACGGCCUGCAGACGGGCUACCGGCAGAUCCAGGCCCCCUUCCCUCACACUAACAGUGAACAGAAGAUGUACCCAGCCGUGACCGUGUAAGUCAUGGUGCCGGCCCAGUUCCUGUGUGAGACCAGGGGAAACAGGCAAACUCUGGACUCGGCAAGGAUUCUCAAAGCAGAAGUCCGAGCACACUGGUGGUGUUGAUGGCACGCUUCUUUUGGAUGGCUUCAUUUGCCCCCAAACUGUGUGAAAACAUCUCUUUCUGAAUUAGCUUCUCUGGAUAUGUUUCAUCCUAGUGCAUGAUUGAUUUAUGAUGAAAAGAGCAUCACCUAGAGAUGCCUGUGUUGUUACCCAUGGUUGUAUGACAAAUGCUUGAGCCCUUAAGUGCCCUUGAGGUAUGGCUGUCAAGAGAAUUUUGUAAACAGACAGAUUAAGGGUUUUAAUUAUAUCAUUAUUAUUAUUAUUUCUGUUUUGCUUUUUACUGUACCAAGUCAGAAUACAUGUUUCCUCCCUUUUACCUGGGUAAGAUUUUUUUAAAUAAGUAUCCAAGGUUUAGGGGAAGAUGUAAAGAACACAAUUAUUAUAAAAGGAAAUCCAAUUUGAACUCUGAGAUUAGUCAUUGAUCUCAGUGUUUCACAGGCACAUCUUAGUUUCAUUGUAAAAAGAUAUAUAUAUUUUGUCUAUUUUUGUGCUUUUUUUGGUCUAUUUUGUGCUUUUUUACCUUGUGUAGAGAUCUUAUUACAAAGUGGUUUUCUACAUUAAAAAGAGACUGAAAGAAAUUGUAUAGUUACUUAACUAAUGACAUUUCAGAACUCUGGGGUUAUUUUCGUCUUGAAGUAGUGGGUGGUGUCGUAAUAAAGCCAUUCAUCCCAUCUUGAUUGUAUCUUCUAAUUUUCCAACUUUACAGUGACAUCUGAGAAGAAGUAAUUAGAUGUUUUUUAUAUGGAAAUCAUAAACUAUCACCUGCUUCUUCUCCAAGUUAUGUUUAAUUUUACCACGUGGUAUGGCUUGGCAUUUCUUUUUGGUUUUCAGAUCCCCAUGUCUUCAUAGUAUCAAGUACAGAUAAUUACCGUUCUUAUAAUUAAAGAUCAGCAGUUUUGCCUAGAUCUGAUAAAACAUUUUUUUAUUUUCCCUGUAAAUAUCAAAGAAAUGCUUUACAAAGAUUGAGUGUAGCUCCUCAGCCAUAAUCCGAGACUUGGGAUGAAAUUUAAGCCACAAAUACAAUUUACUUUGCAAAUCAUAACGCUUUUUAUACUCUCGUUAUCAAAAUGGCUUAUUUUUCAGGCAACAGGGACUAUUAAGUCAAGAGAAAAACUUUUCUAAGAGAUAUUGCCUUUCUUUCCCCACAAAGUUAGUUCUUGUUCUCCUCUCUCUUUUAGUCCUCGUCAAGCACUGUAUUCAUUAGCAGUGUUCUGAAUGAUGAAAUUCAAGUGAAUUUAUUUGUGUAUUGUUUACUUAUAAGAAAUAAGUUUAAAUAUGUGUAAGUAAAUUUCCAAUUGUUAGCAAAAACCAAGAUUUGUAAUUAAAACAUUGUAAGGUUGGUCUUUCACACAUUUAUAUCAAUAUCUAUAGUCUAUCUAUCAUCUAUCUUCAGUCUACUGUCUGUCUAUCUAUCUAUCAUCUAUCAAUCUUCAAUCUACUCUAUCAUCUAUCUAUUUAUCGUCUAUCUAUCUAUCUAUCUAUCUAUCUAUCUAUCUAUCUAUCUAUCUAUCUAUGUAUCUGUCUAUUAUCUGUCUCAUGACUGAAUAAAUGUAAAACCAUUGUUGGCAUUUAGCAUCAAGAAAGAUACUCAAUUUUUUUUUUUUAAAUAACCAAAGGCAGGGGGAAAUCAUUUUACUUAUUAAUAAAUAUUUUAUGGUAUGAAUUCCUAGGGGAGUUGGGUUUUUUCAUUUUCAUUCUACCUGGUAAUUGUAUAUGGUAUCUUACACCUGUUAAUAGAAUAAAAUUGCUCAAAAUUAUAACUAUUGCUUUCUAGAACCAAGAGCCCCUACCUUUAAAAGUAAUUACUAUCUGAGAAGUUUAUAUGUAUGUUCCAUGCGUCCGUGAGUAGUAUUUUAUGUAUCCCAUGGCAAAGGUUGACAGCACAAAAGAGACAGUUCUUUGGGGAUCGUUAGAUGAUCAGGUUAUAUCACCUUUGAUGGAGGAUUCAGGCUUAUGUAAGGAAGUGAAAUUCCUAGAAGCUUGGGGGUGAAAGGGAAUUUAGAGAUCACCAGCCUAGGGAUUGGCAAACUUUUUUUCAGUAAAGAGCCAGAGAAUAAAUACAAAGUAUUUUAGGCUUUGCAGGCCAAAGGGUCUCUAGCAACUACUCAGCUCAGCCAGUGCACUGUGAAAGCAGCCAUAACCCAACGAGCAUGGCUGGGGGCCAGUGAGACCGUAUUGAUGCCACUGAAAUUUGAAUUGCGUACAAUUUCCACAUGUCACAAAACAGUCUACUUUCGAAUAUUUUCCAUUUCAAAAUGUAAAAACCCUUCUAAACUGGAGGGCUGUCAGAAACAAGCUGUGGGCCCCCGAUUAGCCAUCGGGCUAUGAUUCUCCAAUCCCUAAUCUAGUCAAUCCUUAGGUGACGCAGGUGCCUCUGUGACAUCUGGACAGCCUUUUUCAACGUACAGGAAGGGAGGUGCUUAUGUCGGAGGGUGCUUGCUUCUCUUUAUAAGACUGUCUAACUUUUCCUUCUUUUUCUAUGUUGUAAUUAAAUAUAAUUAAAGCAAAAGUGCACUUUAAUAAAUGACAUGAGUUUUUCACUUAGUCCUACUUGGAUUCUUUCCAGAAAUACGACAUCAUUAGACGUACCCUUAGACCUUUUCAAUUUUGGUAACUGGAGAAACUUAGCUGCCAAAAUAAAAAAGUUCCAUUACCUGGUUUAGGUAUACCCUCCUUAACUGUCAUGAAAUCGGAACCUAUAAGGUGUAAUACAUACCCAGUAGAAAUAUUUUAAAAUCUUGGGGGUGGAGGGAAGGAGCAGUUACAGAUGGAAAAAUAGUUCCCUGCUGCACCAUUUCUUCUGUGUCUAAACCUUCAGUGUUGGUUCAUGAUGGUUCCAGGGGACUUUUCUGUCCCUGUGUGUAGGAAAGAAAGUCAGACCCUUUGAUUGCAAGCAAGAAGAAAUUAACCAGCUCUUUAUGUCCACUCAAGAGCCCGGAAACUACGCAUCUCCUAUCAUUUCUGCUGUGUCCGGAAAAGUUAAAAUUUAACAAUAAUACCAACAUCCCAAGUGGUGAGAAGACCACUAAGACAACUGCAUUUGGGUUUAGCAUAUUUACUUUGCAAUACUCGCCUUCCACUUUUGAUUACAUUCCUAAAUGCUUGACUGAUGAAAUAUUUCAUCUAUUAAAUUUACUUUGAGCUUAUUUUUUCAA